UUACGUUUGACGCGGAAAAGGAGAGGAAGACGAUAUGUUGGGAAUGGCAGCAGCAGAAGAGCCGCAGCAAAUGGAGGCGACGUCGUUUGCUGCUGCAGCAGCAGGAGAAGCGGAGACUGCGUUGUUGGUGGCGGAUGCAGAUCCGGAGACUGCGUUCUUGCAGCAGAAGGAUGGAGGAGUGGCGACGGGUGGUGGGUUCGAGUGGGAGGUGUACAAGGAGAAUGUCCGACCGCUGAAGCGCGGCCGCGACGUGAAGCUCCUCAAUCAUGCCCUCCGAUCCCAGGUCGACCGCAGCCUGAAUGCCUCUCUCCUCCGCACCCGCAGGAGGAUGAUCGAGGCCAUCGAUGAGUACCAAGGCGAAGAUCCUCUGCAGCCAUGGCUCAGGUGCAUCAAAUGGGUUCAAGAAUCAUUCCCUACUGGAGGAGAGUGCUCAGGGUUGAUCGUGAUGUACGAGCAAUGUGUGCGCACCUUUUGGCAUGAUGACCGCUAUCGGGAUGAUUUGCGUUAUCUUAGAGUGUGGCUCGAAUAUGCAGAUAACUGUGCAGAUGCUGAAGUUAUAUUCCAAUUCUUGGAGGCGAAUCAAAUUGGGCAAAGUCAUUCAAUCUUCUACACAUCCUAUGCCAUGCACCUGGAGUCCAAGAAUAAGCUAAGGAAGGCUGAUGAGAUCCUCAAUCUUGGUCUAGCAAGGAAGGCAAGAUCAUUAGUGAAAUUAGAAGAUGCAUACAGGACAUUCCUUGUGCGCUCAACACAAAAAAAGCAUGGCAAUGACGAAGGUCUUGCAGAUCAUCCCUUGCCCAUUCGCAGCUUUGGAACUGUUUUAACUUCAGCAGAAUCGAGAAGACAGCCUGCAGAAAAUUUUGGACAAUCUAAGAGGAUGGUCGCACUACAGAGGAUUGAUACUAAUAAGCCUCUCACCAUAUACAAAGAUGCAAAUACUGGGGCAAACGAUCAAUGCUCGAAUCUGAAAGCCAACGAAAGAUCUUGGAGUACUCUAGGAAGCCGAUCAGAUCGAAAUAAGGAAAAUGUUUCAAUCCCUAAAAAGUGGUCAUCAUAUAAGGUCCCUCAAAAAAUAGGACAAAGAACAGGUUCAGCAACAUCGAGUACUUGUAUUGAGGUGUAUGUUGAUGAAGAAUGUGCAGAAUCACCCCCAGCUAAGGUUGCCAAGAAUCUGAAUUCUUCGGUACUGAAACUUCGGCAAGCAACUAGCCAAAACCUAAAGAACGAAACAGAAAUGCUCAAAGUCAAUCCGUUGCGCAAUUUUCAUCUGCACAGCCUCAGAUGAUUGGUCCCGAAACCUGCAGUUGCGUGUUCUUAGGCUCCUCCCUGUUGCCGUUAUAUAUCAAGGCUUGAUGAUGAUUGGCUUCUGCACAUUGGUACAAUCUGGUGCUGAUUGCAAUUAAAAUGUAUGUUAUAUGCAGCUGCAUAAUUCAUUUGUUAGGUGUCUAAGCAGCUUUUUCCUCCAAAGCUUGUAGCAACUGCGUUUU